UGUGACAUGUGCCCCCCCCGGCCCCCUAGCACUGCCGGCCCCGCGCCCAGCCCAGUGUCCGGGGAGAGGAGAUGGGCGCAGGACGGGGCGUCCCCAUGGCCCAGCUGGCCCUGCUCACCCUGCUGGCCCUGCCGGGCGCCGGGGCGGUGACAGCGGAGAACAUGCUCUCCCAGGUGGCCUUCUACCAGCGCACGGACCCGGCCCAGCAGGAGGCCGGGGAGUUCAUGUUCGAGUUCGACCAGGACGAGAUCUUCCACGUGGACCUGGAGAGGAAGGAGACCGUCUGGCGCCUGCCCGACUUCGGCAAGUUCACCAGCUUCGAGGCGCAGGGCGCCCUGGGCAACAUCGCCGUGCUGAAGAAGAACAUGGAGAUCAUGAUCCAGAGGUCAAACCGCACGCGGGCCCAGAACGUGCCCCCUGAGGUGACCGUGUUCCCCGAAGACCCCGUGGAGCUGGGGGAGCCCAACAUCCUGAUCUGCUUCGUGGACAAGUUCUCCCCACCCGUGCUCAGCAUGACGUGGCUGAAGAAUGGGCAGGAGGUGACGGGGGGCGUCUCUGAGACCGACUUCUACCCCCGCCAGGACAACUCCUUCCGCAAGUUCUCCUACCUGCCCUUCCUCCCCAGCCAGGGCGACUUCUACGACUGCCGGGUGGAGCACUGGGGGCUGCCCGAGCCCUUCACGAAGCACUGGGAAGUCCAGGUGCCCACCCCCGUCCCCGAGACCACCGAGACCCUGGUGUGCGCCCUGGGCCUGGCUGUGGGCAUCAUCGGCAUCAUCGCGGGCACCAUCCUCAUCAUCAAGGGCAUGAAGAUGAACGCCGCCCGCAACCCGCGGGGCCCCUUAUAAACGCGGGGCGGAGCCGGGGCCCCUGAAUCCUUCCCAGGUGCCUUCGUGAGACCCGCUCGCGCCACCCACCCCCCUCAGCUCUGCCCCCAGCGUCCCUGCUCCGUGUCCGCCAGUGUCAGCUUCUGUACCCAGCUGGGAGCCCCCUGGCCCCAUGCCUGUGACAAGCCAACCCCCUAGAGACUCACCGGGGAGCCAGCCCCUCGAGCUUCCCCCGCACCCUCUGCUGGGCUUGGGAGGGGGGCGCCUAUCCAGGGAGAGGGCUGCAGCCCCAUGGGGCUGGGAAUGGGGGUCGCCCCUCAUCGGGGGGCAGAAGGGGAGAGGGCUGCUGCCCCGUGGGGCUAGGAAUGAGGGUUGCCCCUUGUCAGGGGUCAGAAGUGCCCAUGGGGCUGAUCCAAACCCCAUUGCUGUCAUGGGGAAGGUUUCUCUUGACUCCAGUGGGCGCUGGAUUGGGCCCCAAGCCCGGCCCCUGUUGGCCAGAGGCUGCUGUCAGGCACCCCAGGAAAAACCCCUCCAGCCAUUACCCAGCAGGCUUUGGGGCAGAUUCGGCCAUUCGAGGUCAAUGGGGUCCCCACGGGGCGGGAUCGGGCCCAUGGCUGGGGGUGGGGCAGCCCCAGCGCCCGGCUAAAGGCCCCAUGGCACCCGUGUGUGGCUCCCCCGGGUCCAAGGGCCCAGCGCGGGGUCUGUGUGGGAAGGGCCCGGUCCCUGUAUAGCCCCCGCCCCGUGUGUGUCCACAGACCGGCCGCCCCCGAUCUCGCUCUGUAGCUUUGCUAACAGCAAUAAAGUGGAUUUUGGGGA